UAUGUGUUCAAGAUACUUGUUUGACUUCAUCUUUUGACUACAUCUUUUAUGUUUCUUUCAGAAUACAUUUUAUGUGGAUUAUGUGGAUUCACUGAAAAGACACCAAACAUUACACAAUUAAUUAAGUAAAAAUAGUAAUACAAAUAAUAAUACAUGUAAAAUAAUAGGACUGUGCAUUAUCUAUGAAGAAGAGAAGUCAUGUGGAUUGAACUUAAAGUAAUGAGUUUAAUUUACAAAUUUAAACAGUGAUAUUGUAGUCAGUCAGUGAUUCAGUUUGUCUAACUGAUGGCUUUUAGAGCCGGAACUGUAACAAAUUCCGUUGUUUCCGGGGGACAGAAAUGUUUGCUGGUACAAUGACAGGGUGAGCCGAGAAGUAGCGAGUGUAUUUAAAUUAUUACUGGAUAUUUAAACUGUCGAGUCCUGCUUUUUUAAAUGUGAGGUAGUCGUGAACACUGCGCUUAUACGCAAGGGGAAUUAAAUAAAUAAUGUUUUGUGCCACAGCGAGUCGGCUUACCGUUUUGCCCUGAACACUACUGCAACGUUUACAGCGGUCAAAUACAUGCUAUGUCUAAAUGUAGCAUUAGGUAUCUGAACGCUAAGACAUAGGAAUACACUUAGUUUAUUAUCUGAACGCCUGUACUGUAACGAAGACGUGGUCAAAAUCAACAUAGAGGAUUCAGCUCAGCGACACUUUCUUGAUAAACUAACCAGAAUAAUUGCGUGAUAUGACAGCUUGAUAUGUCAGCUUGAUAUGUCACUCAAUCAUGGAUGUGUAUUCCUCACACUUACGGCUAUUCAUAAAAGGAAUUCAUCUAUCUAAUCGAGCAUGGUGUCUUACUCUUCUAAAUAAAAGGAGUUGUAAUAUUAUUUUCUCGUUUUUAUUUUUGAAAUGAUAAGAAUUAUGCGGGGAAUACACAGCAUCAUCUUAAAAGUGAUACUGUUUCCAACCACAUUUCGGAAAAGAGGUCCGCGUCCCCUAGCCUCCGAGGUUUUGACAUGCCACCUCGCUCAACGCAAGCUCCCUCCGUGGACGUCGUUUUGUGUACGCUACAGCGCCAUACACAACGACCAGUUUGGACGCUCAAACUUCAACUGGCCAGUCCAGGGCGCCAACUACCACAUUCUUCGGACGGGAUGCUUUCCCUUCAUCAAGUACCACUGCAGCAAAGCACCUCCGCAGAACUUGGACUUCGAGGACAAAUUCUUCGGCACACUGAAAGUCAUUAAUCUUGGUUUACCUUGCCUGGCCUAUGGGCUUGGGUCAUUGAUGAUGAUCAGUGCAUCAGAAACGGUGCAAACAACUGCUGGUCCCAUCACCGUGUACUUCCUUUACAAGGAACGGGAGGGAGCGCCGUACUGAUGUUGUGUGUGUUUGUCUAAUGUUGCAGUGAUUCUGUAAUGUAGAGGACGGCUGAAACAACACAUCAGUUCGUUGAUAUACCACGUCUGGAGAAAAGCAUGUGUUGUCCUUGUCAGCAUUUUACCUGAACCUCGCAAUUUAAAGAGAUUAAAGAAUGAUUUAUUUCA